CUUUUUCUUGGCGUGCGUGUCUAAAGAGCAGCGGUACCGAAUUUUUUUUGUAAACUUGAUAUAAAGCUGAGCCAAAUAUGGCAAACAACCCGCAAGCAAUUAAGUUAGAGGAAUCCUCAGAGGAAACUACACCCGAAAUAUUUGAAAUCAAGGAUGAGGAUGUAAGUAUCAAUACAAGUGCGCCAUUAACACCCACUCACUCCAUGGAACCGCACACUGUGGACAUUUGUGAAUUGGAGCACUUGCGCAAGCUGUUCAUUGGCGGCCUAGCGCCCUACACCACAGAAGAGAGCCUCAAAGUUUUCUACUCGCAAUGGGGCAAGGUGGUGGAUGUUGUUGUUAUGAGAGAUGCCGCAACUAAACGCUCACGUGGCUUUGGUUUUAUUACCUAUACAAAGUCUGCCAUGGUAGAUACGGCGCAAGAAAAUCGUCCGCAUAUCAUAGACGGCAAAACUGUGGAAGCAAAGCGAGCUUUGCCCCGUCCAGAGCGCGAAACACGCGAGACAAAUAUUUCAGUGAAGAAGCUCUUUGUUGGCGGAUUGAAGGAUAACCACGACGAGGAUUGCUUGCGCGAGUAUUUCCUACAGUUCGGCAAUGUGGUCUCUGUGAAAUUGCUGACAGACAAAACCACCGGCAAGCGUCGCGGCUUUGCCUUUAUCGAAUUUGAUGACUAUGAUGCCGUAGACAAGGCCAUACUUCAGAGACAGCACUCGAUUAAAUAUGUGUUGGUGGACGUAAAAAAGUCUAUUUACAAUUUGGAAAAGAAAGACAGAAUUGUUCAGAGCACUGCAGCCAAUGGCAACAAGAUGCCGCCGCAACAGCAGCCUCCACCCAAAGCCAACAUGCCCCCAACUGGUUACCGUCCCCAAGUACCUCCGCCUCAACAAAUGCCGCCGUAUCAACAUCAACCACCUCCACCACCAAUGACUGCCCCGCCACCAAACUACAAUUAUUGGGGGCCACCGCCGCCCAUGCAACCYUAUUAUCAGCAGCCGCCGCCGCCACAAAUGAAUGGCUGGAACGCUUAUCCGCCUGCUCAGAACGGCUGGAAUGCACCGCCGCCACCACCACCCGGUGCUCCACAAUGGCAUGGUAAUCAAUGGGGCGGUCCGCCGAACAUGCAGCCGCCUACACCUGGUGUACCACCAGUGAACCAUCAUCGCAAUGGCCCACCGCCACCACCGGUUGGUAACUGGAAUAUGCCGCCAUCUGGGGCUCCACCCGUACCUGGUUCUAUGCCAGUGCCUCAGGGCCCACCACCGCAUCAGCCACCACCACCACAGCAACAGCAGCAGCAGCCGCCUCCCAACUUCGGUAGUGGCUAUCAACAAAAUUAUGGCGGCGGUCCAACCAAACACAACAUGAAUGGCAACCGCAUGAACCCUUAUGCUGCACCACCCAGCAGCUAUCAUAAUCAGCAGCCAACUGCACCCGGCUACGCACCGUAUAAUGCAGCAGCACCGCCGCCCUGUGGUAAUGGCCCAGUUUCGGGCCCCGUGCCUAAAAGCGUUUCUAAUGGAACGGUAGCGACCGCUGGGAGCGCGAACAGCAAAUAUCGUCGUUAGUUCGGAUACCUAUUUGUGUGUGCCUUAAGUGUAACACAAAAGCUCAGAAUACAAGAUACAAAUACAGAUACAAUUAAAUAGGCUUGUUGUAAGCUAGGACACGAACUCGCUUAGUAACUUAAAACAGGAUAUCUAUAUAUAAAUUAAUAUAUAUUAACUGCGUUGUCUCUCUCUAUCUAUCUCUCUUAAUAUAUAUAUAUGUAUCUUGCUAUAUUUAUACAUAAAUAUCUAAAUGAGCAUACGACAACAACUAACUAAUGUUUUUAACUCUUAAAACUAAGUUCUCAUGUUAUUUAUUGAACGAUUUAUAUUCAUAUAUGUCGCUUAUUGAUAAGACCAAUAUCUGAUAAAAAUAAUGCUUAAGAUCUAUGCUGGAUACAACUGUGAGUUGUAGAGAAAUGCGUUUCAUUUAAUUUAGUGUUAACUUGCCAUGCUUUAUUUUUC